UUUGAUCGACCGCUCUGUUUGUGCGCGGUGCGGCUGAUCGAUCGGUAGGUUGGUCGGUCAUUUAGCGGCAUUCGAGUGUGCCACCCGACCGGUUGUUUUGCUGGUGGCUUAGCUAGACUUUGCUUGCUAACUCAAAAGGUGCGCUGCUUGGCGUACUGGACGCCUUGGCUUGGCCGGUUGAUUGUUUAUUUCGGCUGAUGUUGAAGUCUCAGUCGAUUUUGAAGCUCGUCCGCGUCGCGAUAGUGUUGCAUACGCAAACGGAACGAAAUUACAGCUAUUAACUAUUGAAGUGAUGCACUCAUACUAAUUGUAUGACGAGUACUUCCAGUGCGGUUUUAUUGGCGCUAAGUGCUAAAAAUAUAUAUGUGAAAUUGAAAUAAAAAUAUUUUUCAACAGCAACAAAGCGCAGGCGUAUGACUAAACACGUACACUUUUAUUAAUGAAAUUCCAAAACGAAGUGUUUGUAUUGAAGUUGAAAAGAUUAAUACAACAGAAAAAGGAAAAAUAAUAGUAAACGCUAAUGCCAGACCUUUUCGUAUUUAACGGUGCAUUUUUGGCAAUUUUCCGCCGUCGAAAUUGUAGGUUUGCGGUUUCCACCUACAAUCGGCUAUUGACCUUAAUUUAGUGAAUUGUUGCUGAUUUUAUUUUACAAAUUUGUAGUGUCCAAGUCUUAUGUUGUGCCGCUAAUCAAGAACGAAAAAAUAAUCGAAAAAAAAUGUAAUGAACAGCAAUAAUAAUAUUGACGUAUAAAAAGUGAAGCGCUAUUAUUACUUUUCAUUAGGGUGCGACUAGAAAUUUUAAAAUAAUGAAAAAUUAAUAAAUUCGAUUAUAAAAAAAUAGUUUUUGAAAAAAAUGUUGUAAUGUGUUUCACUUCAAAAACACAUCUUUAUUACUUUGAUCGACUUAUUUUCGCGCAAACACUUUUCAAUAUGCGGCUUAAAACAUGGUGACAACAAUAAAAAUUACUUGUGACGGUGUCUUCAUACAGUCCAAUUCGUAUCUUACACCUACAGCGUCUGGUAACGCAGCUGCGCAUCAUAGAACGCAUGCAGACAAUAUUGCGCAACAUUUACACACGUCGGCAACAACGACAGCAACAUCGUUCGCCAUUUGCAGCGACGACCCAAGCAACUCGGACGCUAGUUCUAACGAGUGUGAGCGCGCAUUGCGACAGAGUUUCAGGCAAACAAAUUCACCGAAAAUCGCACUCAUAUCGGCGACAAUUAGAAGCUGUAACAAUAAGAACAGUGACACUGUAUUUAAGUCUUACUCCUCCAACACAUCCUCCUCCUCUUCGAAUUCUUCAUGCCACUCGCACACCUCCAACGCCUCGCUACGUCAACGCCGUCAGCGCCGCAAUAAUUCCACCAGUCCACGCGAUUCAUUCAAAUUCAUAACGCCUGCAGCUGUUACGUUGUCACCACACGGCAAAGCGGUGGAUUCUCGUCGUCGCUACUAUUAUAGCGGUACAGGCGCUAGCGCGGGUGGUAACAGCAAUGUGUAUUGGUGUAAACAGGCGCUCGCCGGCAGCGGUCGUGGCAAAGCCGGCUUUGGUAGUUGUGAGCAGACAAAUAGCGCACAGAAGCGACACGCGCAUACUGCUGAACAUGCGACGUUGACACGGAGCGCCAGUAGUAUCACACCCCAUAAAGAGUUCCGAAACGCGUCUCCGUCAACUACCGCAGCGACGACGGCAGGUAUUGCCAAAGUGGUGGCGGUGCGACGCGAAAGCAAUGAACAACAGUCGAACGACAACAGGGGCCACCAAAAAAGCAAUAAAAACUAUAACGGUGACACAUCAGUUGCGGUUGCUUCCAGUGAAAAGGCGCACACCGACAUCUCUUACAAUGCCAAAAAACCGCCUGUAAAUAAUGACAAUAAUGAAGACACUGCUAUUAAUGGUGACAGUGGUGGUGAUGACACUCCAGUGAAAGCCGCAACAAGACAAAGUGACAGCAACAAUAAAAUUAGCCAAAAGAAUAAAAUCGCUAAUUGUGGCGAGUAUUCAACCAAAGUGAGUACACCUCCAAGUUCCAUGUCUGACUGCAAUACCACGCAGAACUCAAAUAUAAACUUUCAACCAAGUGCGCUUGUGAAAUGUGUGUCAACAAAACGCGUAUCGCCCAACGGUAGUGUGUCAUCCGCCGAUACGACACGCCUCUUUCAUUUCAUACGUGUAGCGCGUAAGUUUUAUCGUAGUGCCGCGAACGGUGUGAACGGUGAUGUGGUAGAUAGUUGUCAAAACUCCGCUGAUAAAGUCGAUAGUGGAAGUGCGCUACAGCAGCAGUCAGAGGCGACUAAGCGUCGUUCUUCACUGGCGGCCAUAAACGAUCGGCUGGAGAUUACAGAUUAUAAUAAGUUAUCAGCUGAUGUUUUAAGCCAAAUAACGGUGUCCUCAAACGACGAUUGGUUUGACGAGGAAGCUUUAAUUUCGAAAGAAAACCGACAGCCUGUAAGCAAUAGUAAGCGUCAACACACGUGUAAGGAACUGCAGGCGCCGAUAGAACAACAACAAUUACCCAUAAGUGGCUUAAAGCACACAAGUAGCACAUCAGCAGCAGCUUUAAAUUCCCGCCGUAGCAUCAACGAUAUAAAAGCGACUGCCGCAAACACCACAAUUCCAACAAGCAAUAGAACACCAACGACCAAAGUAACCUCAGCAACUCAGCAAAAGCCAAACACACCUCAAAUCAAACAACAGACACUGCAACAGCUUAAACAGCGGCAGCAAUUGAGUGGCCACAGCAGUAGUCACAAUAAUAGUAAACACAAUACCGCUGUGUCAGAAAAUCGCCACAACAGCGCAGACAUUCACACUGCACCGCCGAAUUCAAAGAUUUCCACUACACCCACUGGUAGCGCCACUCCGGCAACUGAAUUAGCGUAUACACGUACAACUACUGGUGUGGUGCCAGCACCAGCGACGUCAACGGCUUUUACGCCGGCGUCGUCGUCUGCGUUCACAAUCUCGCCGAAAGCGAGCAAUAAACAAGUGAUGAACAGUCACGCGACAGCGACCCAGCAUAGCGGACAAACAACAGUGGUAGGUCAUCAUCGCGGCUUCUCGCAACCAUCAGUGACAGUGGCGGCCAAUUCAGCAGGCGAUCCAUGGUUUUUACAAUCCACCGGGCAUCAAAUGCCGCCCACAGCGCCUUUGCGACAUAAUAAACGGCCCGCGCCGCAACCCAAUCACGCUGGCAGCGCGGCAGGCGCUGGUGUCGGUAUUGGCGUUGGCGUGGGGGCAGGCGGUGGCAUUGUUGGUGCGGGGAGUGUGGGUUUAGCGAACUCUGGCGGCGUUGGUGCCAAUUUGUUGCAUCAGCAGCAGUUGAGUCAGUCGCAGCCACACAUUGUACCGCCGAAUAUUCCGCCGCAUCAUCACAACAAUGUGAGUCAACACCACAACGCAAUCCAUUUGUCCUCGCAUGCACUUAAUAGUCAUAAUUUAGUAUCGGCCGCGGUUGUCAGCAAUCAUUCACCAAAAUCACCCAAUCAACAACCACAACAACAGCAUCAUCAUCAUCAUCAGCAACAACAACAACAGCAGGCCUCACAAUUGACCGGCUCGACGGCACAGCCGCAUACACAUACACACAUAUUGUCCACCUUUGCACCAACUAGCGGUAAUUGUGCCCCAACGGGUGGUGUGACAGCCGCCGCUGUGGCCGCCGUCACACAACAACAGCAGCAGCAGCACUUGCAGUUGCUGGCAAAUGCUUCCAACAAUAGUAACAACAAUCUAAUGUCGUCCUCGUUGAAUGCGACGCAGCAUAAUUCCGGCUUAUCGUUACAUGAACGUGGCCUACCACCAAAAAGUGGCGCCAUAGUUGGCGGUCUAGGCGUCGGACUGCAUAGCAGCAAUAUGCUGUUGCAUCAAACUCAAGCGCCCACAUCACUUACGGGCAGCCAACAACAAACGCAGUCGGUGAUAUCGCUCAGCACAGCUGGCGGAAGUAGUAGUGCUGUCGGUGGCAGUGGGGUGACUGCCGGUUGCGGAAGCUUAACUGGCACAAGCAUGUCCACAUCUUUGCACAGUUUCGAUAGUGGUAGUUCGGCGAGCAAUGCCUGGACAAGCAAUGCUAACGUAGCAGCGGUACCGUUGCACUCACCCACUAACGCUUUGGGCUGCAGCAAUCAACACCAUUUACAACCUCAACGCAAAUGUGAGGUUAAACUGAACGCAAUGCCUUGGUUUCAUGGCAGCAUAACACGCGACGAAGCCGAACACCUGUUGCAACCACGCGACGAUGGUCUCUUUUUGGUGCGUGAAUCAACGAACUUUCCUGGCGAUUAUACGCUGUGCGUCUGCUUCCAAGGCAAAGUAGAACACUAUCGCGUCAAAUACUUGGGCAACAAGCUAACCAUCGACGAUGAGGAGUAUUUCGAGAAUCUGGGACAAUUAGUUGCGCAUUACGAAGCAGAUGCCGACGGUCUUUGCACACAACUCAUUAAAUGUUUACCCAAACAGGGCAGACAGGAGUUCUGCAUUAACUCCAAAGAUUUCCUUGAUAAGGGUUGGGUCAUACCGGAGGCUGAUUUGCAGCUACGCGAAAGCAUCGGCAAAGGCGAGUUCGGCGAUGUGAUGCUGGGUAUACUACGCAGUGAAAAAGUCGCUGUUAAGAUGCUAAAGGAUGAGGGCGCUGUGCAAAAAUUCCUAGCAGAAGCCUCGGUUAUGACUACGUUGGAACACGAAAACUUGGUGAAAUUCAUAGGCUUGGUGUUCACCAGCAAACACAUCUACUUGGUAACGGAGUAUAUGAGCAAAGGUUCGCUGGUCGAUUAUCUUCGUUCGCGUGGACGGCAGCACAUUACGAAAAAGGAUCAAAUCAAUUUUGCCUACGAUACUGCCUCCGGCAUGGAAUAUUUAGAAGCUAAAAAAGUCGUGCAUCGCGAUUUGGCUGCACGCAACGUACUAAUCUCAGAAGAGUGUGUCGCCAAAGUGUCCGAUUUCGGUUUGGCGCGUGAAGAAUGCUAUAAUCUGGAUGUCGGCAAAUUGCCCAUCAAAUGGACGGCACCUGAAGCGCUCAAAAAUGGUCGUUUCUCCAACAAAUCCGAUAUGUGGAGUUUUGGUAUUUUGUUAUGGGAAAUUUAUUCAUUUGGUCGAGUUCCUUACCCCCGCAUACCCCUCAACGACGUUGUGAAGCACGUUGAAGUCGGCUAUAAAAUGGAGGCACCUGAGGGUUGUCCACCCGAAAUCUACGAGAUGAUGCGUCAGGCGUGGGACUUAAAUCCCUCAAAGCGUCCCACAUUUUCUGAACUGAAAGUCAAAUUGUUACAUCUGAAGAACACUACACCAGCGUGAGAACAUAAAUGCAAUGUACUACUGGUGUAGGGUGUGACAUACAAAAAAUCAGCAAGUAGCAAACAUUCAGAACAAUCCAAUCCAAUCGAAGUGAGCAACUUAAAUUACAAAGUAAUAUACACACACAUGCAAACAUGAUAUAUAUACAUAAAUAUUUAUGAAUUAUGAUUAAUAUUAUUUAAGGUUAGAAAAGCUAAGGCAAGGGUAAAAAGAAUUAAAACAAGAGUACAGUUAUUGGUAAGCAAAAAAAUUGUAAAAUGUUUGAUUUCAGCAAUUUAUUUUUAACUUAAAGUAUUUGUUUUUAUUUGUAUUGUUUUAAGUAAAUGUUUUUGCAAUCUAAUUAAGUUGAAAAUGUAAAAUUAAACUGGGUAACGCACAUUUGAUCUGCAUUCUGGAAGAGUUUAAGAAACGACAAAUAAUAACACUCGAUUCGCCAAUGCGCGUGCGUACCCAGUUUUUAUUGAACGAUAGCAGCUAGUUGACAAGUUAAAUGUGAAUUAUAAAUUAAAUUAAAAAAAAAUAAAUACAACUUAAAUUAAAAAGUAAUAAUAUAGAGCAUACUUAUAAAAAUUUGUUUAGUUUUCAUGAUUAUUUAGAUGCGUAUAUUUGUUUUUAGUUUCUAAUAACAACAAUAACUAUGUUAUACUACAACACUAUUUACUACUACAAUAACACUACUGCUACGACAAUUGUAUCUUAAGUUCACUUACCAAUAUACGCUAUUUAUACGAAAACGCAUUUUCAAACACACAUACACACACACACUUUGUCUAUACCAUAUUUUUUGAUAUAUAAUAUUAAAUAUAAAUAUUACUGUGAACUCUUGUGGGCAUGAAUGUAAUAAAAUGUUAAUUUGCGUAAAAGCUUUUGUUUAAAAAAGAGAAUAUGAGUGAAAUUGAAGUGACAAGAGUAGGCAGCAGCAUAAGUGACAGUUCAUCUAAAAAAUAAAACAAUUACAGGAAAACCUUGACUCAAUUACACGCACUGCCGGUCAAUCAAAUGUGUAAAUAACUUUUUUUUUUCGUUUACUUUUUUUUAACAUGAAGAAAAACUUAAAAUAUUAAUAUAAAUCACAAGUUGAGUUUUAGCAGUUCUAAUAAAAACAAUUUAAGUAUAUCGUAGUAUUGAUGGCUGCAUUUUUCCAACUAUAUAUUUUAUUUGAAAUCCUUUUAUAUGAAAUCAAAAAGCUCUUUGCUCUUUUAUCCGGCUACUGCAAGUGAGAGCGUACAUAUUGUUGUUGUAGUCUUUAUUGUAUUUUCAAAAUAAUUUUUAAGAAUUUCAGCUGUUGUGUCGGUACUCGACUGUUGGUUAUAAAUUCAUUUGCCUGAGAAUAUCGUGAACUCGUGUAUCCUUUUAAAAAAUAAUCUCUUUCAAACUCUUGUUUUGUCUCUUCGCUCUAGUUUUGUCUCUUCGCUCAAGAUAUAUGUAUAUACUUGUAUAACUUUGUUUCUUUAUAUAAAAUAUGCGUUGCUUGUUAAACAAGCAAGCGAAAAACUAUCUAAAAUGCAUAACGGCAGCAAAAUCCAUUUACCUACAACUCAUCCUCAUAUCAUGAACAUUCAAAAUCCUCAUUUAACAUUAAUUAUUUAUAACUUAUAAUAUAAUGUAUAUGUACAUAAGACUAUUCUUUAAUGCGCGCAGCUUUAUUUAAUUGUUUUCAAAAAACUUUAAUAUGUUUAGUGUUAUUUGAAAAAAGGCGGUGUUCUGGUUGCACAGCUCUACUGUGUGACAGUGUAAGUUAUUUUAUGCCGCUUUACAUACAAAAUACACUUUCCCCACUUUAGUUUAAUAUUACAGAAAAUGCACUUGUCAAGACCCGCAAAGUUCUACAUAAUUCGAAACAAAACUAAAUAACAAUGUAUUCUUAAUAU